AUGGAGGAGAAGCCAGCGGCGGUCAAUCGCCAGAGUGCGAUCCCCCGCAUGUCACGACUUCCAACGCCAAGGUCGACAUCAUCUUCCAACCUCCGACCAGCUCCUUCGAAAGAGAACUUGAACCCUGUCCCGAAGCAGCGCCUUCGCCCAGCAGCUUCUCGAGAUCAAUUGCCCCGAGCCUCAUCGAUUCCUUCCAAUAGACUUGAACCCCGCGAAGCCUUGGCCACGACGCCUCGCCCGAGACGAGACAUGUCUGCCGCCAGACCACGAGCCACGGAUUCAAGACCGAGCUUAGCUGCCUCGACUACACCGACUCACUCUCCCUCGCAGCCGCCUUUGAGCCAUACCCCAACAGGCGAUCCCCCCUCGGACCCAGACCACUUCCUCUUCAAGAAACCGACAGCCCUCUCACGACGCCCCUCCGAAGCUCAAUUGUCCACGCCGAGCGGUGCUAUGAACCAGUCACCUGUCGAUAGUGAACCGCCCAUCAAUGACAGCACUGACAGCAUGUCGUUCGGGACCAUCCGACCUAGGUCUUCGAAGCCAAGGCCGUCUUUGUCCGAACGAACCAUGGAGACACUAGCGCAGCUCCCCUCUUCCCCGGCAAUGAGCAAGAAAUCGACCUCCUUCUUUGACCCGGACGGUACAAGAAGGUCUCGGUCGCGGGCAGGAAGCAAUGGAUCGAGGCCAGGCUUGAGCUAUACAUCCGAUGGAUCGAUGCGUCCGCCCUCGCAGGCAAGAAGCCGCCCAGGGUCAAGCUCUGGCCCUGACGAUGGCAGUGUCUCGAGCUUCAGGGCCUCUACGAAUACUUUUCGACAGCCUCUGAGCACAAUUGAGGGUACGCCAUCACGGCGUACCUCGGGCAUUGCUUCGCUGAGGACGCCCUCUGUCCGAGGCGUCGCUCGCGCCACCCCAGCCCGCUCGACGAACUUCUCGGCCUCCACGAUCGGACAUUCCUUCGAUAGAGGUUCGAGUCCAACCAAGUCAACCGGUAUUGCAGCACCGCCAAAGACUGGGGCCAAGACAAUAGCGGCUCGGCCGCUGAAGCAGAGACAGUCGAUCAACGGUCUCUUCAAGAAGCCUUCGCUGCCUGCGAUGGACCGCACUGCCGCUGCACAGCCAGCUCCUCCCAAGUUUACACCGAAGCCGGCACCCAAGACGACACCGACACCAUCAAGGCUCACAAAGCCAACUCGAACGAUACCAAAGCCAGGAGCAACUGGUGCUCCAUCGGAAGCCAUUGGGAAGCCGGAUAUGGAGGCCAGUCGAAAAUCGUCCACCGCGCUUCGCGAGCAGAUUGCACAGGCUAAAGCUGCAAAGCGCGCUGCGGUGAAGAAGGCUCCCGAUCUGGACCUGGUCCCAGACUCGUUGGCCGUGACAGAUGAUCCAAAGUCCUUCCCGCUCAAAUCCCCGAUUGUGCCAGCCGACAACAGCUUCGAUUUCGGGAUCGCCGUAACGCAUGACCCAUUCAAUACACAGAGAACACAGAGCGCAAAGAACAAGAUUGUGCAACAGCGUCUCGGUGAUGCGCGCAGCUCUGGCAGGCUCAAUAUCGCGGCCAUGGGACUGAGUGUCAUGCCUGUCGAAGUACUGAAAAUGUAUGAUGCUGAGAUGAUGGGGACUAAUGACGGAAGCUGGGCUGAGAGCGUCGAUCUGACGAGGCUGAUUGCCGCCGACAACGAGAUGGAGCUCAUCGACGACAGCAUCUUCCCAGACGUGACUGCCGACGACCUAGCAGCUGAGGAGGACGGGAAUGGGAACAUUUUUGGCGGACUGGACACAAUCGACCUGCACGGGAAUCUAUUGAUCUCUCUUCCUGUCGGACUGAGGCAGCUUCGCCUCCUGACCUUUGAAUUGCUGCCAUUUGGCAUUCUGUCCCAGAUGCCCUUGACAGAACUCAACCUGAAGAAGAACAAGCUUGCAAAGACGCUCAUUGAAGACGACGUGGAGGCUCUCCCGAAGCUGCAAUCAAUCGACAUCUCCUGCAACCAGAUUACGCAUAUCGUUGCCCCUGGCACAACGGUCAGCCUGCCGGUGCUGUAUCAGCUCAGCGCGUCUAUGAACCGCCUGAAAGCUCUGCCUGACGUCAGCUCUUGGAGUAGUCUUCUGACGCUGACCGCGGACGAGAACAGUAUCUCGGAGUUUCCGGAAGGCUUCUUUAGUCUGGAGAAGUUGCGACAUGUUGAUUUCUCUGCUAAUGAUAUUCGCAUCAUCCCGCCGGAGAUUGCCAGGAUGGACAAUCUCGCAAUGAUUCGCCUGAGUGGCAACCCGUUGCGUGACAAAAAGUUCAUCUCGGCCACGACAGAGGAGCUGAAAGAUGCCCUGGCAGCGAGGCUGGAACCGCCGCCUCCUUACGACGAUGUCACAAGCACCGCGCACACAAUCGCGGCUGCCAUCGCUGACGAUGCCAAAGCAUCCGAAUCACCAACGAAAGAAGUCGCACCUGAAGAGGGUGAGCAUGACAGUCGAUCCGACAUGGAUGACUUCGCAACUCCCCCGACAUCGGCGCCGCACUCGCCUGCUCGAUCGAGGUCGCACACCCUUUCGAGCCAAACUUGGCCCGUUAAGAAUGGCGGACUGCUGGACCGCUCUGGAACACAGUCCUCGUCGCUUCACCCUGUCGUUUGUUCCAAAAUUGCCGCCGCUACCCGGGUCACGGAAAUCCAGCUCCAUCACAACCUUUUCGCAACGUUUCCUGAAUCUCUUACGUUCUUCGCCAACACCUUGACGGCGCUGUCUUUGGCUCACAACAAGCUUGUCGGCGAGACGUACUUGCCAGAGGAGCUGGAGCUACCUGCUCUCCGGGAGCUCAAUCUGAUGAACAACCACAUCACGAGCCUGGCCCCGCUGACGGCCAAUCUCCGAUCGCCGCAGCUCGAGAAAGUUGAUGUCUCGCUCAACCGUAUCACAGCGCUGCCGACUGAUCUACGUGUCGUGUUCCCGCAGCUGUCGGUCAUGCUUAUUGCCAACAAUCACCUUAUCGAGCUGGACCCUGAGAGCAUACGGGGUCUGCAGGUCGUGGACGCCAACAAUAACGAUAUCGCACACUUGAACCCCAAGAUCGGCUUGCUUGGCGGAAACGGCGGCCUGCGUCAGCUUGACGUAUCAGGGAACCGCUUCCGUGUUCCGAGGUUCAGCGUGCUCGAACGUGGAACAGAUGCAACACUGAGGUGGUUGCGGGGUCGUGUGCCUGUUGCCGAGAUGGCCAGCUGGAAAGAAGGACAAGGAGAGGGUGGGCAGGGCGAUUCUGACGACGACGUCGACUGA